ACUGUACUGUUAUUUUUACAUCAGUCAACGAUUUAUAGUCACCAUCAACUCUUCCUACUUUCCAUUUUUUUUUUUUACUUUGCAGAAUAUCAAUUUUUAUACAUAUAUUCUGCUCACAGUAAAUUAUAACACAAACAUUAUGUACCAAUUUAAAUUCAUUCUUAUUUUAAUAAAUACAUUAAUUCUCAUUAAUUAUUAUUAUGUGGCUGGUGACUUUAUACCAAUUUCAAAUCAAGCUCAAAUAAUCAACGAAACUCAUUUACUCAAGCCAAAUUAUAGUUUUGAUGUUGAUUAUGAAAAUAACCAAUUUAUGUUAGAUGGCAAACCUUUCCAAUAUGUAUCAGGAAGUUUUCAUUACUUUCGUACACCAAGAGCAUACUGGAGAGACAGAUUACGAAAAAUAAGAGCUGCUGGUCUCAAUGCCAUUUCGACGUAUGUUGAAUGGAGUCUUCAUCAACCAAGACCAAACACAUGGGAAUGGACUGGUGAAGCUGAUAUUGUUACAUUCUUAACAAUGGCACAGGAAGAAGAUCUUUUUGUUUUAUUAAGGCCUGGGCCAUAUAUUUGUGGAAGAGAUUUGGGCGGUUUACCUUCAUGGUUAAUGACUUUAGUACCUGAUAUAAAAAUGCGUACAAACGAUGAACGUUACAUGCGUUAUGUAGAAAUAUAUUUUAAUCAACUUUUCAAAAAAAUUAAACACUUACUCCGAGGAAACGGUGGUCCAAUCAUUAUGGUCCAAAUAGAAAAUGAAUACGGUAGUUUUCAUGCCUGUGAUUUGACAUAUCGUGAAAAUUUACGGGACAUUAUUUUACGAAAUAUUGGAUCAAAUGCACUUUUAUAUACGACUGAUGGAAUAAGUGAUAAAUUUUUACGAUGUGGUGUAGUUUCUGGUGCUUAUGCAACUAUUGAUUUUGGUACCUCAACAAAUGUAACUAAUAAUUUCGAAUUAAUGAGAAAAUAUCAACCAAGUGGACCUCUUGUCAAUUCGGAAUUUUAUUCUGGUUGGUUAACGCAUUGGGAAGAAUCAUUUCAAACAGUACAAACUGAAAUUUUUAUUGAAACAUUAAAACAGAUGUUAUUAUUAAAUGCUUCUAUUAAUAUUUAUAUGUUUUAUGGUGGUACUAAUUUUGGAUUUACUGCAGGUGCCAAUGGAGGUGAUAAAUAUUGGCCUCAAAUAACAUCAUAUGAUUACGACGCACCUUUAACAGAAGCCGGAGAUCCAACAGAUAAAUAUUUUGCAAUACGCGAUACACUUGCUCAGUUUUUUUUAAUGCCAAAUUUAACAUUACCAACGGUAUCGCCAAAAGGUAAUUACGGGUCAAUUUUUCUACAACCAAUAUUACGGCUUUUUGAUAAUAAAUCAAAAAAUUUAUUUGCAUCUACUACUAUUAUUAAUUCAAUAUUGCCAUUGACUUUUGAAAAAUUACAAUUAUCUCAUGGAUUUAUUAUUUAUGAAACUGACUAUAAUACUGAACAUAAAGAUCCAUCAAUACUAAAAGCUAAUGUUGCUGAUCGUGGACUUGUUUAUGUUAAUAAUUAUCUUUCUGGUUGCUUAAGCCGUACAUUAAAAAUAAAUGAUGUUGUUUUACAAAAUCCAUAUGGAAAAUCUUUAAAAAUACUGGUUGAAAAUCAAGGACAUCUUAAUUAUGGAGAUAUUAUACAAGAUUGGAAGGGUAUUUUUAAUGUCACAAUAAAUAAUAAUCAAGUUAUUAAUUGGAAUAUAACUGGAUUUUCAAUGGAUACUAUGCCUUCGUUAAAAAAUUUAACAAAUAUUAAAGUUGAUACCGGAAAUUUAAUAAAUGGCCCUAUUUUUCUUCGUUCAAUAUUUACAAUCAAAAAUAAUCCACCAUUAGAUACUUAUUUAAAUACAGCUGGUUGGGGUAAAGGUAUUAUUUUUAUAAAUGGACAUAAUCUUGGACGAUAUUGGCCAAAAACUGGCCCUCAAAUUACCCUUUACGUACCUGGAGUAUUUUUAAAUACUGGCGAAAAUGAAUUAAUUGUUUUUGAAUUAGAAUAUUUUGCAGAUAAUAUGAAAAUGAAAUUUCAAACAACUUCGGAUUUUGGAUUAACUCAAAAUAGUUAUAUUCAUUAAUCAUUGUUUAUUUCAUAUUACACAUGUUAUUAAUAAAAUAUAAUAAUUUUUUAUAUUCAAUUUAUAAAAAAAAUAAAUGAAAUUUUUUUUUUA